AAGGACUUUUAUUUCGUCAAAGAGGUAUAAAAGAAAAAAAAAUAAAGCAAGAGCGGAUAUGCCAAAUAAAACAAAGAUGCUGCAGAAAUGACAACUUAACAACAAAAUAUGCAAUGCAUACCUUUGAUUUUAAGACUAACAAAACAAUGAACAUAAAAAGCAAAAAGAAAAUCUUUUAUUUUUCUUUUUAAUCAAUCUAUAAAAAUGAAGAUUGCGUUCCUAAUACCUUUUGUUACGUUUGCUUUAGCUAUCAUUAAUAAUACAGACGACUCUCUCGAUGGGCAUGGAGAUGUGGGAUUUACACCCCUCAUUGCUUUUGAUACAAUUCCAACAGGCACACCUGAACAUGACAAGAAAAAGAUUUUCGGUACAGUCUGGGAAACCAUUGAGCAAAAGUUAGGUUCUAAUUUGACUAAAGAAGAGAAAGAAGAGGUGCCUAAUCAAAUGGCGCCUAUUGAGAAAGCAUUGUUGAUUAUUCGACCUAAAAUCAGUGAACGAUGGGUUGCUAGAGAAGAAAGUAUUAUCAAAUGGGCUAUUUCCAACUACCUUGUAUCCAAAGCCAACCGGAUAUACAUGAAUUGCGACUUGUAUCUGGGUAAAAAAAUGAUUAUGUCUGUCUUUAAAGAUGUACCUUUUAAUAUAGGCACAGAAAGGUACACUCAAAUUUCUGUAGUAUCCUACUGAUCUAUCUUAGUUGGACACCGCCUGUGUUUUUAGAACCAUCUCCUAAUUAUCAAUUACGUCUUUGGAGCCAACCUUCUCAGAUAGGCAUUAUUGAUGAAUACAGUCCAGAAUUCAUGAUUGUGCCUCGAUCAGACGAUGCUUUCAUGUUCAAUAAACCUAUUCAGUACAAUGCCGCCAACACGACACAUAAGAUCAAAGGCACAGAUUUAUUACGUUUUAAUGACACAGACGAGGAACCUGUCUAUCACCCCACGAUUCAUAUGGUUCAAGAAAACAAAAAUAUGGGCAAAUCUGUUUAUUCAGACUCCAACAUUCCAACGGGUAUUUAUGCCUUGUACCCAUCAAGUGCAGUAUUCAAUCAACCC